GUCGCACUCGGGGAAGCACUGCCCUGGGUAGACACCUUCUGGGCGCCGGAGGAUGAAGAAGAGGCGGAGCACGAACGUACUCGGAGGGCAAAGGACAGCAAGCGUGCUCGCAAUACCAAAGGACAACAAGAUGCGUGGAUGGAUGUUGUGCGCUCUAUCGGCGCCUUUGUCGGCGUGGCCUUUGCCAUUCGCAAACUCCCCUGGCAGUCGACCCUUCAACUCUCCCUCACUUUGGCCCUGGCAAACCCUGCCAUCUGGUUCAUAGUAGACCGCUCACCGCCGGGAUUCGUCCUAUCAACAAUCUUCUCGUUGGUCGGCACACUCUUUCUUCUCGGCAUGAACCCCGCGCUCGUUCCAUCGCCCUCGCCUGCCGAGGUUCUUCGCGCCCACGUCCAGCGCAACGGCGGAUCGGUGACGCGUCUGGCGAGUGCUUUGGGAAAUGAGGACUUGAUCUUGGGCAUUUUCACCCAAGAGUCUGUGGGUGUGGCCACGUGGAUUGCAAGCGUUUUGUUCGUCUCUUCCGUCUGCUUUGGCAAUAUUGGAAGGCGGCUGGCC